AUGGCCAUAUGCUCACUUUUCCUUAGUAUUUGUGUCUUUGGGGUGUCUGCCGGCCAAUGUUUCGGCAAUCAGCAGUCCUUGUUGCUGCAAUUGAAGAACAACCUCACAUUCGAUCCUGCUAUGUCCACAAAACUUGCUCGGUGGAAUCAAAGUGCUGAUUGUUGUUCUUGGGAAGGCGUAACCUGCUACGAGGGGCGUAUUAUUGGUCUCGACCUGGCUGAUGAAUACAUCACGGGUGGACUCAACAAUUCAAGCAGCCUCUUCAGUCUUCAGCAUCUCCAGAGCCUCAGUUUGGCUUGUAACGAUUUCAGCAAGUAUCAUGAGAUUCCAUCAGAGUUUGACAAGCUUGCGAAUUUGAGUUAUUUGAAUCUAUCAAAUGCUGGCUUUGAAGGGCAGAUUCCUAUUGCGAUUUCACGCUUAACAAGGUUGGUUACUCUUGAUUUAUCUUACAAUAACCUUAAUCUUGAGGAUCCAAAUUUAAAUAUGCUCAUUCAGAACCUUUCGGGGCUUAUGGAACUUCAUCUUGAUGAUGUACUUAUGUCUGAGCAAGGCAAUGAAUGGUGUCAGGCCUUAUCAUCUUCACUCCCAAAUCUGAGAGUGUUGAGCUUGUCAGUCUGCAAUCUUUCAGGCCCUAUUGAUUCCUCCUUGCGGAAUCUUAAGUCCCUCUCAAUUAUUCGUUUGAAUGGUAAUGACUUUUCUGCUCCAGUUCCAGAUUUUUUUGCAGAUUUCAAAAAUUUGACAUCCUUACAUUUAUCUGCUAGUUCUUUGCCAGAAUUUCCUCCUAAUGGAUCUCUUCGAACCAUGCUGCUUAGCAAAACAAAAUUUUCCGGGACAUUACCACCUUCUAUUGGUAACCUGAAAAUGUUGUCAACAAUACAUCUUCGGAGAUGCAAUUUCAUUGGAUCAAUUCCAAAUUCAAUGGCAAACCUCACACAAUUAGUCUCUUUGGACAUGUCAUACAAUAGUUUCAAUGGAUCAAUUCCACUUUUCAGCACGACCAAGAAUGUGAGGAUUCUUGACUUGAGUGAGAAUUCACUAAGUGGCCAGAUUCCAAUUUGUCUAUUUUCUCUUCCAUCGUUGCGGAAAUUACAGCUUUCCAACAACCAAUUUUCUGGUCAAAUCAACGAAUUUUCCAACAUUUCUUCUCACCUGCUGGAAACGCUUGAUUUGAGUAGCAACAAUUUGGGAGGGCCAAUACCCAUAUUUAUCUUGGAACUUCAAGGUCUUAAAACCCUCUCACUUUCUUCAAACCACUUUAACAGCUCCUUGCAGCUUGGUGUCAUUCAGCAGCUAAAAAAUCUUGUUCAUGUUGAUCUUUCACACAACAAGUUGAAAACAUUUCCUGAUUUCUUGAGAAACCAAUCUAGUUUAAUAUGUCUAGACCUUUCAGACAACCAAAUCUAUGGAGAGAUACCCAAUUGGGUCUGGAAACUUCAUUAUCUUUAUGACCUAGAUCUCUCUUAUAAUUUUUUGGUAACUUUGGAAGGACCCAUCCUCAAUCUUUCUCUUUAUAGCCUAAACCUUCACUUCAAUCAGCUCCAAGGGCAACUCCCAGUUAUUUCAUAUGUCUUUAACUUGGAUUUCUCGAGCAAUAAUUUCCAUUCCUUUGUACCAGUAAGCUUCAGUCAAUCCCUUGCUUCCACUACACUCUUGUCUCUUUCUAGUAAUAAAUUCAAUGGGAGCAUCCCUAGAUCAAUAUGCAAUGUUACAAAUCUUGAAGUUCUAGAUCUAUCUAAUAAUUCUUUCAGUGGCACAAUUCCCCAAUGCUUGAUUGAGAGGACUGAUACACUUACGGUGCUGAAUCUAAUGAUAAACAACCUCAAUGGCACAAUUCCUGAUGCAUUUCCGAAUUAUUGUGGUUUACACACUUUAGCUCUCAAUAAGAACCAACUAGAAGGAGGGUUACCAAAAUCUUUGGCCAACUGCAUCUGGUUGGAGGUCUUGGAUAUUGGGAACAACCAUAUCGAGAGCACCUUCCCAUUUUACUUGAAGAACACAUCUAUGUUGAAGAUUCUUGUUUUGCGAUCUAAUAAAUUUUAUGGGCCCAUUGCUCAUUUAAACCCUAAUGCUACUUGGCCACUACUUCAAAUUGUAGAUAUAGCUUUAAACAAUUUUACUGGUAGGCUUCCGAUAAUUCCCCAGUCUAAUUGGAUGGCAAUGAUGGACCAUGAGGAUAAGGAGGGCCAAUCACAAUUGGAUGAAAUGGUAGAGACAAUCAUCGUUGGUUAUCAAGAUACAGUUACAAUUACUAUCAAAGGCUCACCAUUGAAGUUGGUGGAUAUCCAAAUUAUCUUCACCACCCUUGACUUUUCUUGCAACAAUUUUCAUGGUCCUAUACCUGAAGAAAUUGGAGAACUCACAUUGCUAUAUAUUCUCAACAUGUCGCAUAAUACUUUGACGGGUCAAAUUCCACCAUCUUUAGGAAAAUUGAGUAAUCUUGAAUCACUAGACCUAUCAAGCAACAAGCUUUCUGGUAAGAUUCAUGUGCAACUUGCCGAUGGUCUUAUUUUCCUAUCAGUUCUCAACCUUUCAUUCAAUCAAUUUGUGGGGCAAAUUCCAUUCAUCAAGCAGUUUGGUACAUUUUCGGAAAAUUCCUUUAAAGGAAACAAAGGAUUAUGUGGUUUGCCUUUGAAAUCAAAAUGCAUAUAUGAGGAGCCACGAUUAUCGCCUCCAACAAAUGAAGAAUCUCAUUUGAAUUCUAGGAUUGUGAUUGAGUGGAAUUACAUAAGUGCUGAACUGGGAUUUGUUUUUGGCUUUGGAAUUGUAAUUGGGCCCCUUAUGUUUUGGAAGAGAUGGAGAAUAUGGUACUCCAAACAUGUUGAUGACAUUCUUUUCAAGAUCUUCCCUCAACUGUAUCUCAGAAAUGAACAUCAUCGAAGAUGA